UGGGGCCCCGGCGGAGAGUGGUCCCACCCAGCGGGCGGCGGGGCGGGGCGCCGUGGGCGGUGCCCCCUCCCCCCAGGUCUCCUCCUCCGGCGCGGAGGCCGGUCUCAGUCCCAGCUGGGUGUGCGGCCCUGGCAGCAUGGGGCGGGCGGCGAGGAGCCGGAGGGGCAGGGACGGGCCGGCCCCCACGCAGUGCGUCCAGGCGGAGUGCUUCGACCCGCUGGUCCGCAACUGCGUGGCCUGCCGGCUCCUCCGGACGCCCGAGCCCGGACCGGCCUCGCCUCCCUCCGGCUCCCCACCUCCCCGGCCGCCCGUCCCCUCCGCCCCCCGUCCUCCCUCCCCGUCUCCUCCGCCAGCAGCCGGGGCGGGCAGCCUGGUGCCCGGGACGGCGCUGCAGCCGCAGGAGUCGGUGGGCGCGGGCGCCGCGGCCGAGGCGGAGGCUGCGCUGCCGCUGCCCGCGCUGCUCUUCGGCGCCCCCGCGCUGCUGGGCCUGGCGCUGGCCCUGGUCCUGGUGUGCCUGCUGAGCUGGCGCUGGCGAAGGCGGCGGCUCCGCGGGGCGGCCGCCCCCGAGGCGGCGGUCAGAGGCCAGGACGAGCCCCUGGACAAUGUCAUCGUUCUCUCUUCUGGAUCCCUUGAUGCCACAGCUCCCAUCUGGCCUCCACCCAGAGAAGACCCAGCCACCACCCCACCUGCCCACAGCGUCCCUGUGCCUGCUACAGAGCUGGGCUCCACUGAGCUGGUAACCACCAAGACGGCUGGCCCUGAGCAACAGUAGCAACGGAGGGGAGACAGAGGCAGACCCUGCCCUCCCUGUGGGCCUUCAGCCAGGGGCUUGGAGGUUGAAUUCAGCUCUUCACCGGGUACCCACCUGCCCCUUUCUUGGGAGCCCGGCUGCUCCCCAGCUAACCCUGCAGAACAACAGACUGCAGACCAAAGGGUUCAGACAGUAUGGUGUCAUUGGCAUGUUUGCAUUUGGCUUAAAACCAUACCAUCUUUGGCAGCCGUCAAAGAUUGUGGCAGAGUUGCUGUGAGUUUGAGUGGUUGGGGCACUCUGAGUAGGAGGUUCUUCUUUAAGCAUGGGGAAGCCACCAGAAGCCAGAAUGAAUCUAGUAGAGGGAUCAAGUGGGAGGAUGCUUGGUUUGUGGCUGGGUGUUGUAUUUCUUUUAAUGCUUGCCCUCAGAGCUGUCCCGCUUUUAAACUGAUGCAAAUGACAGCAAUGAAUAACCAAUUAACUGGUUUGCUUCAGGAUUUAGUACAAGAUAAUUUUAAGAAAUAGUCUAGAUUGUGCAGUAUCUGCACCCUAGGGUGAACCCUGAGCCUGGCCCAAUCCAAUGCCAUAGUCACCCUGGUGGCAGCUUCCAGAGCCUAGGCUUGCACUUGGGAGGAAGUCUACAGCCUCUGGGGCUGGACUGCAAACUCACGCUGAAGGCACACUGAUGGGCAUCUCCCUCAGAGACCACCUGGGGCCUCAGCUGCUCCAAGGCACAAUUAGACACAUACAGGGCAGGGCCCAGGACCUGCAGGAGGCUCCUUCAUUCAGAGGCCAGGGCAGGCCUGUAACUUUGAAUCUGGACCUGUCCGUUGAGCUCCCUUCUCUCUGCGGCCUGCCCUCUCCAAGCACUGAGCCACAAUUGCUGGGGUCACUUGACCAUUCUGUGCCAGCCCUUGGGCUCACCCACCAUUCCAGGGGAACUGCUCCUCUGACAGCAAGGGCCCUUGCUCUGGGGUCUGGGGCUGAGCCCCCAUCUCUUCCAGUACUGUGCACUCAGUCAGCUGCUGUCCCUUCUGCCAGCCCUCCUACACAUGGUCAGAACCUCCUGACCUGGACUCUGCCCUGAACAGCAUCCUUGGACUUUGUCACAGUUUGGCACUCUUGGCCAGAACACUGGACUGGGAGUCAGAAGAUGGGGUUCUGGGUAUCAUUUUGUCUCACUGUAGACCUUGGCCAUGUUCCAUGCAUCAGAUGCUUUCUGCCCAGCAGCAGACACCUGCCCUUCCUGCCCACCCCUUUCCCAGCUCAGAAGACAGUCAUCAGCCAAUAGAAUUUGGAGCUCCCAGCGCAUGGAUACUCACUUCUAAGCCUCUUCCUAGCCACUCCCUCCCUGAACCCACCUCAGAGCCCCUCCCCCUAGGCAGCCAAGUGGCUUGGAUGAGGUCAGGUGGCAGGCAGUAGGCAGAGGGUUAGGAGCAAACCCAGAAUGGGCACCACCAGCUACUCCCCUCCACGUCAGGCUUGGGGAAGUCUGAGCUUUUCCCAGCCACCCCUCUCUCCCAACCGCCUUUGUCUACCGCAGUCAGGGGCUGGGGCCUAGAGAUAAAAACAAGUGGGCAAAACUUCUCUGGGCCCAGACAUGCAAACCUCUGGCAGUGCUGUGUACCCGCUAAGCCCCUGACUGGUGUGCAAUUUUCCUCUGGCCUUAGUUUCCUUUUCUGAAAAAUGAAGGUUGUAUGCAAAGUCCUCCUGGCCUGCGAUCCUCAGAAAAGAAAGACAGCAAGGAAACAGAGAAUCCUGCCCCCGCCCCAUUUUACAGAUGAGGAAACUGAGGCCUAGAGAGGGAGAAAACGUGGCAUCAUUGCCACCCAGCAAAUAAUAGAAGGAAAGUUCCUUCUUUUAUUUACAGAGUUGGGGGAGAGGCAGGCAAGGGGGAAAAGGACCCCACCUCCUAGGGGCCCCCACUCUCUGGCCCUCUGUCCUGUACAUUCUCUAAGGAUCCUUCACGAGGUUACUGCCUUCGAUCUUUAUGACGGCAGCUGGACAAGGGGCAUGGGUGUUUGUAUUUGCUUUUAUAAAAGAUAUUUUAUUUAAAAAAAUCAUGAUAC